AUGUCACUCUCCACUAACCCCAUCAAACUCAACAACGGCGUCCUCAUGCCCCGAAUCCACCUCGGCGUGUACAUGACCUCCGGCAGCGAAACCUCCAACGCCGUAACCUACGCCCUCGAAGCCGGGUACCGCGCCGUCGACUCAGCAGAGUGGUACGCCAAUGAGAAAGAAGUCGGAUCCUCAAUCUUGAAAUACCUUGAAAAGAAUCCGGAGGUCAAGAGGGAGGAUGUGUGGUUUACGACCAAGUUGAAGGAGAAUAGGGGGUAUGAUGAGACGAGGAGGAAGAUUAAGGAGAGUAUUAGGAAGAGCGGGAUGGGGUAUUUGGAUCUGUAUUUGUUGCAUAGUCCGUAUGGGGGGAAGGGGAAGAGGUUGGAGUGUUGGAGGGCGGUGGAGGAUGCUGUUGCUGAAGGGGAGGUGCGGGCUGGUGGGGUGAGCAAUUAUGGUGUUAAGCAUCUCCAAGAACUCCUCGACUCGAAUCCAAAAACCAUCCCAGCAGUCAACCAGAUCGAAGUCCACCCCUUCAACACCCGAACGGACAUUACAUCCUUCUGCCAAAAACACGGUAUAGUAGUCGAAGCAUAUGCGCCUCUCGCGCGCGCUCUACGGAUGAAGAACCCCAAGGUUGUACAAUUAAGUAAGAAGUAUGGAUGUACGCCUGCGCAGUUGCUGGUAAGAUGGAGCUUGCAGCAUGGAUACGUGCCGUUACCGAAGAGUGUGACGAAGGAGAGGAUUGUGGCGAAUAAGACGGUAGAGGGGUUUGAGAUCGAUGAGGAGGGUAUGAAGAUUCUAGAUGGGUGUGAUGAGUAUCUAGUGACGGAUUGGGAUCCUACAGAUUGCGAUUAAUGCCAUGAUGAUUAAAUACAAGGGACUUUGUAACAUAGCAGUAGGUAGCAUUCCCGUCAUACAGCAACUAUCGCCAAUAUCCUGGAUGACAGGUGCUGCCUGCUGUCGAUCUUUAGCCGUUUGGGCGAGAUUAGACAGUAACACGGUAAAAUUCCGAGGUCCAAAGAAGAAGGCUGUACUUGUUGGGGUGUGAGUAUGGAGGUUUUGUUUUAAAAGCAACGUUAAGGUAGGAGAGGGUUCGGACUGGCCGAAUGCCCGCGAUUAGUGACCAGUGUUCACGAAAUGAUAAAGGAGAUUGUUAUUUGAAUUAUUCCAAAUAAUUGUUCGUGGUUGAUUAAACUUGAUGUGAUUCAAAAAAUCAAUAAGUGUAAUGUAUUGUAUUGUAUUGCCGCCCCCUUGUCUAUACGUACUGGACUAACAACGGGAGAUCUGAGACUUUUGAGAUGCGGGCUGGAACCCAGAUGAACUUGUUGAUCCAGCCAACCAAUAGAUCCGAGGACGUCAGCCAAGCCGAGAUAAAGAGAAGGCAAUCAAUCUGAGACUCGUCGGAAUAAUGGAAGAAAAGAAAAUACAGAGGGUAUUUAUAUUCAAUUCCAAAAGGAAAGGACCGAAUCUCCAACCUGUGUGAUGGAAAUUCAUUGGAAACGAGAGGUUGGAUGUCGGCAGUGAGAGCCGCUUGUAGAUCGCACCUAAGCCCUGAAAAGCACCCGAUAGGUUGGGCUUCAGCCAUAAACUUCAUCCUUCAGCUCGGGAGGGAUGGGGCGUUGGCCUCAACACACGGAUCACUUCUCUCAACGUCAGCAUAUGCGAAAAUGAUGCCGAGGGUGCUACACUAAAUCUCAAAUCACUCCUAGAUGCAGAGCACAACUUAAUAUGCACGACAUAUGGGCUGUCCCAGAGAUGGGGGUGCUGGGACAAUAUCCCUGUUACACUGCGGUGAUGCUUGAAAAGGGGGCUCGCACCCUUCAGGACGAGCCGGCCAGUUAGAAGAAAGGGCAAUUAAUACAGGCGCCGGUCCAGCCUUGCUUUUGUCUCUCCUUCGAGGUUAUCUUGCGAGCCCAGACAGAGGGCUGUGGUACGAAAGGUCGUCUCCAGGUCGACGGGCCGAAUGUGACAGGCUGACAGCUCUGGCAAUGACGGAUACAUGCAGAUAGGGCUUGCUUGCUGUGACGAGGGUUCAUCGGAUUCUUUGGGGGUCCUUGUUCCAGAUACAAUAUGCAACUAGUUGUUCCCAGGACCAUGAAGAGAAGCGGGUGACCAGCGUUGCAGUGCAUUUCAGGAUGUGUCCCGAGAAGUGGGGAGAUGUAUCUUGCAGAUCAUCAGAUUGAUCAGAAAAGGACGAGGCUAUCGACUGUUGAGGCUGCUGAAUGAACAGGUGAGAAGUGGAUAUGGUGUCUCUGGUUCGUGAGAUAUCUGAAGUUACAAGUCCGGUUGAAGCUGGAGAACUGUCGAUCUUACUAUUAAUAGCCGAGAAUUGGAUAUAUUGAGUCAAGUAGGGGGGAUUUCUUGCCACCUUCUGACGGACUGCAACGUUGGAGAAACAAGUGCAAAUACUGUAGAAGGAAAGAAAUGAGCCAAUGCAUCUCGGAACUCUUU